CGGUCCCGAAGAACAAAGCGAAUACCAAGCAAGCCGGAUUAGUCACAGUGGUACAAACGCAGUGCUCCACCCCACACGUCUUCCACCCUCCUUGACUGGCUCGGCUUGUUGGUGAUCACGCCCGUACCUGUAGCUCAAGACACCUGUCAGACACAAGAACUCAAACGGAUACGCGCACACACCCACUUUUCUGCUUGGGACACUAAGCAAGACACCACGCUUUGAGCCCAUCUGGAUCAUACAGUUAGAGCAGGCAGCCUGAUAAAAACCAGCGAAGACCAAUCGACGGAAAAUCUCUGGUCGAAACAUGGCAACUGAGGGUGAAAAAGCAACUGUAUUUCGUACCACCAAAGUCAGGACCAAGCUGAAGGAUGAUGGCAGCUGGAUGAACCGGAGCACUGAAUCUGAGGUUCAGCCUGCAGAAGAGAAGCCAUGGAUGGCAGAAUUGAGGGCCAGGCGUGAGAAUGGACCACCAACCAGUCCUGUGUCCUCACCCACUUCGACUUCGCCGAUCAAGUCUGACAGUGAAAAAUCUCCAUCUUCGGGAUUUAUGAUCAAGGGGGUUUUCACCAAGCCCGUUUCUUCAUCUUUUACAAAUACUUCCAAUGGCAUUAGUGGGACAUCAAAACUCACCAAAAGACAUUCAGAGGGCGACAAGAAAAUCGCUCCCCACACGGUGAAGCCCUCAGCUGAGAACGAGGACAACAACCUUAGCAUCGAGGAGCAGAUGAAGCGCACGGCGGCAGCCAGCAAAGUCCUCAACAAAUCCGCAGUCAGAGAACGCUCUUAUGUGCUCUCUGCGGCCAAGAAAUUUGAAUCACAAGCAGCUGAAACGUCAGUGGCCAAAGAAAGCACACCAUUUGUACCUAAAAGGGUGGAGAAAGCAGAUGAUGGCUCAGUCCAGGCUCUGCUGGCCUCCCCUGCCAGCCCCAUCACAUCUGUAGCUUCUGUGCCAGAACCACCCAGAACACGAGACAGAGUCGACUCAAGCGUCAAAACAUCUGUCGUCACUGUUAAUGAGCCUCCAAAGAUGGAGGUGGGCCCGCCUGAGCCUGCGAAGGAAGAUCCAUCUGCGGUGUUAGCUUGGGACCAGGACUCAACUGAAGACCCUAAACCAGACCGCUCCAAUGUGGCCGCUCCCCUCCCGGAACUCAUCGCCGAUUACCUUCACGUUGUUUCCGCCCAUUCCGAUCAUGAUGAUUCAAAAGCCGCUGACACUCAUCUUGUCCCAGUUAACGAAGAACCAGAACCUUUGGAAAGUUCAAGCUCCAGAGUUGAAACGCUCACUGCCAUGUUUGAAAACCUCAUCCCAUCCGACUCAAACUCGACCAGCUUCAAGGAUGACGAGCCAGGGCUGGCAAAGGAAGUGGAAAGCUCAGUGGACGCCGGCUCAGAGGACGGAAAGGAACAAGAUCCAACUCCAGUCCUCAGCAACCAUGAAGCAAGAACAGAGGACUUCGAUCUCUUGAAUGUCACUUCUGGCGUCGUUCAAUACACGCAGUCGAAUGAAAGUCGUGAUGAACCUGAACUGCCGGAACCCCCCAGCCCCGUGCAGUGGCGCGAGGAUCUGCACACUGAAUUUGAAAGCAACUCAGAGACUGUCACCAUAACCACCCAAACUGUAACCAUCACCGAGAAGAGCGAGGAGCGCAACCACGUAACCUCACGUGUGGCCACCACAGUAACCGAGUUCAGCUCGGCUGAUCCAUUUGAUCCGUACCCGUUAGGGACCACAUCCCCAAACAGCUCCUCUGACCUGCUGCAGCCCCUCUCAGAUAUUUCCAUCAACAGUUCAUCACACAGUUUUGUGGAGAGGAAAGAGCCAGAGGUCAUUGUGAGCAGUCAUGUUCUGGAAUCGCUCGCAGAUGAUGUCAUUCCCAUCGACACCGCCGCCACAAGUCUGAGCACUCACCGGUCGUGGGCGCGCACGUGGGAAUCCACAACGCCUCUGCAGACCACCACAGAAGAGAGCCAAGAGACUCCAGGAGUAGGCCAACAGGAUGGACAACAGACUCUGGUUACAUUCGAGAGAAAGUCCAAAGAAAUCGACUCACCAUGGGACAGGUGGAUGUCGCCCUCUGUGUAUACCAUCCCGGCCGCCACACCAGAAGAGGAGGAGGAGGAGGAGAGCCUAGAGGAGUCGCAGAUGCACACAGUCACCACCAUCACCACCGUCAGGCAGACGUACGGCGAGCACGAGGGGUCGACGAUGGAUCGGACCGUGCUCAUGGAGGUCCCACGCACCCCCACACCGGAACCAGACACCAAAAAGCCCUUUGUGUACUUGAAGGAGUAUGUCGAUACUUCAGAAAUGUCCUCACACACUGCCACCGAUGGAAUCAAUAGCUGGUCCUCGUCUUACUCCAGCUCGCUGUCCUCCCCCUGCACAUACUGUGGCCAGCUGGUGGGCAAUGAUGCCAAGAUCACCAUCGAGCACCUUAACAUAAGCUGCCACCCGCAUUGUUUCAAGUGCGCCUCCUGCUGGAAGCCGAUGGGAGACCUCAUUUAUAAUAUGUUCCUGCACGGAGGCAAAGUCCACUGUGAAAGCUGCUACUCCGCAGCCUUCGAUUAAUCGCAACGGCUCUUCAUUUGCAUUUAAAGUGAGAAGCGGCCUUCUUCCACCUAGUUUGGACUGCUUCAACGCAAGAAGGAUGGUGGUUUAGGGUAAGCCAAGAGACUGUAACGAGCAAUAAAAAAUAAUGGCGUUCAAUUGUUUUCACGCAAGACAAGAUUUUCAUUGGCAAAACAUGUUUGUGUUCUUUUUCCUGCUGGUGAAAGUGUAACUUAAGGAAUUGUCUGCACGUCAGAUACAAUUAAGCCCAAAUGUAUUCGUACAAUGACCACAUUUUGAGUUGAUGCGUGGCAAAACACUAAGACGUUAAGCGAAAAUGCGUUUGCAAUUCCAAUUAUUGUCCAAUUCCUCCCUUCAAGGAAGAAACAUUUCAAAUGUUUUUAAAAAUAGUUCAUUACAACGCUCUAGGAUUGUGCUUGAAGUUAAAAAAAAAAAAAAAAAGCCAUGUUCUCCAAAUUUGUCAUUGUAUUACUAAUUUUGGGCUUAACUGCAUAUCUGUACUGAAUAAUACUGCCAUUAUGGGGGUAUAAUAUAUUUAUAUUUACCUUGCUUGACUAUGACUUCUUACAAAAGAUUAGAUUAAGUAGAUACCUCUGUUCACUGGUCUGAUGCUUGUUCACAAAAUAAAACGUUUAUCCUGGCAUUAAAAACUUAACAAAUCUCGUGUACUCAUUUGCAUACUGUAGAAAAAUCUUGGUAGAAAUUCCACAUAUCACAGGAAGGGCAUCUGGCGUAAAAAAUUGUGCCAAACAUAUAUGUGCGUCCAUCUGAGAUGACACGCUGUGGCGACGCUGAAAAUGGACAAGCCGAAAGAAACUUUCACUGCACCAUGUCAUACAAAUAGUGGAAAACGGUCAGUAAAGUAGGAGCUAUGUAACAUUUUUUUCUUUGCAUUGUCACAUAAAACAUGCAUAGCAAGCCUUCAGGCUACUUAUUUAAAAAAAAUAAAAAUAAAAAAGAA